UGCAAUAAAAAAAAAAAUUAAAACAUAUCACCUCUUCCCCUCUGUUCUCUAUAAAUUGGCAGACAAGGGCGUCUUCGGUUUUGCUUUAAAAUUUGCUUUUAGUUCUUUUUUUCCUCUCUACAAAACCAUAAUUAAAAACCCCACAACCUCCGUUACUUCUUCCACCACCAGCUUUCACGUUUCUAGAGGUUACAUUUAAUAGCUUUGAACCACUCUCUCAAGCUACAAAACGUCGAUGGCCGUUGAAGCUCACCAUCUUAAUCCUCUGUGUUCUCCUAACGUCGCGGGUGAUUUUCUUUACAGAGACAUGAUGCAUCCACUUGAAGCAAACAGUUUCGUCUAUAACAACCAGAUCAGAUACGGCAACGUUCCAGCAGCUACGACGCCGUUUAACCCCACCGUGGAGUGUCAAACUUCUCUGUUGAAUCCAACUUACAACAUCUCACCGGUUGAUUAUUUGGUUCACCAGUCUAUAAAACCGACGAUUCAUUCCGUUGACAGCUCCGUUACGUUCAACAGCGAGAAUAAUGGCAACAACGUUGACUUUCUUCGUCAUGGUUCCUCCUCGUCUCUGAGAAAACGCCGUAGAGAAGAAUCAGUCCUUGUUAGUCCUAUGCCAAGCCAGAAACGUAGCACUGAUCCUCUCAUGUUCCUUGGUCAAGACUUGUCUUCUAACGUCCAACAUCACAGCUUCGAUAUCGACCGCUUGAUCUCUAAUCACGUCGAAAUAAUGCGACUGGAGAUUGAAGAGAAGAGAAGGACGCAAGGUAGGAAAAUAAUGGAAGCUAUCCAACAAGGUUUGAUGAAGACACUAAGAGCAAAGGACGAAGAGAUCAACCACAUCCAAAAACUAAACCUCUAUCUCGAAGAGAAGGUUAAGUCUCUAUGCGUAGAGAAUCAGGUAUGGCGUGACGUGGCACAGUCUAAUGAAGCCACCGUGAACGCCCUACGUUCAAACUUACAACAAGUCCUUGCCGAUGUGGAACGUAGGGAGGAGCCUACGGCGGCUGACGACACGCAGUCUUGUUGCGGAAGCAACGACGAGGGUGAUAGUAAGGAGAAGUGGAGGUUAGUGGGAGAGGCGCAGGAUACGAUAACAAGGACGAUGUGUAGAAGCUGUGGAAAAGGAGAAGCAAGUGUGUUACUGUUACCAUGCAGACACAUGUGUCUAUGCACAGUGUGUGGAUCUUCGGUUAACACUUGUCCGGUCUGUAAAUCUCCAAAGAACGCUAGUCUCCAUGUUAAUCUUUCCUCGUGAAAACUAACAAUACUAGUAAAUUGUAAAUGUCCUUAAAAUAGUAACUAGUUGAAACAGUCAAUUUCUAUAUCUUGGAUAUAAAAAAACUGUUCAUUCUUUAA